GGAAGACAGACGUCCAGCUCGACUAUCCAGAUUGUGUACCAUGGCCUCUCUCUCUCUGUCCCUGGGACUGCUGGUGCUCUGCACCCUGGCUCUUGUACACUGUGACCUGAAUGGCGGUCCCGUCAGAGUGUAUGAUAUUCGUGCCUCCAACCUGAAACGAUGGCUGUUCAUAAAACCAAGCCCUUACGUCAAGGUGUGGUGCGGUUCAUCCUUUCAUGGCAAGAGCAACACUCUGGAGGAUCAGGAAAACCCCAUAUGGGCCAACCAGUUCAACUUUGCUGACAUCCUUCCCAACUCUGUCCUGACACUGGAGGUGUGGGAUGAUCUCAUCGGACUAGAUCACCAGGUGGGAACCUGCAAAAUCACCAUCCGCCCGGGAACACACAGUGAGAUCUGCCAGCUGAAGAGAGGCACCGUCUACUACUCCUACAGCUACGGCUACGUCUACAGUUACUAGAUGGAACAGUUAGAUUAGAUUGUAACCUAUGACCUUUGUCACCCUUUCACUCAUGUAUUAAUUUCCUUAUAGCAUUAAAAAAACGUGCUUUA